CUGCUUCACGGGGUAGGAACACGACCGGUUCAUUCUUCUGUUUACCGGUUAGUAUUGAAUUCGAGUGUCUGUCUCUUCCCUCAGUUAACAACUUGACAUUGUUAGACAUUAAUGUAUGAUGGAAUUACGACAUUGUGAUCGUCAAUGUAUGCAAUGCAGCCUCUGGUUCGACCUCUAGUGGUCACGAGGGGACAUCCCACUUGAUUAAUAGGGCGCGGUAUCAUAUUCGUCACUCAGUCUUCUUUCGUAACGCGAUCGGGAUGGUACGACUUUGUCUGCUGCGUCUCUUUCUCUGCCUCUGCGUGCUCGUUCUGCAAACAAACUGUUCCUGGUGGCAACUAGGUGAUCGUGUCCUCGAAUUGGACACAACAGACGACGAGAUCGACAAUUCUAACCCUAACACUGACGCAGACGUACCCCUGACAUGCAAAGACGUCAUGAUGACGAGAAAACAGAAGUCGAUAUGCGAGAAAGGAGAGAAAAGCAUGAUGGUCGCCAUCGGUCAAGGCAUCAUCGCAGCACAGCAUCACUGCCACAAACAAUUCAAAAACGACCGCUGGAACUGCACGGCACCGCGCAGCCAAGAGCGUCCGUUCGGCAACAUCGCCCAUUUCGGCACACCAGAAGCGGCCUAUUUGUAUGCCAUCAGCUCUGCAGGAGUUGCCUACUCGUUGACGCACGCGUGUGCGGACGGAUCCAUGAGUCUGACGUGCGGCUGCGUGCCGAGACACAAACUCGAACCGUGGCCCAACCGGUCGGUCGAGUGGGGCUCGUGCUCGUACGACGUCGACAAGGGCGUACAAUUGGCCAAACGAUUUGUCGACGCUGCCCAAGAGACGGACAACGGGGGCUACACCGAGAGACAAAUGGUCAAUCUACACAACAAUAAAGCUGGACGACUCGCGGUACAGAAGAGUCUACGAACUAUCUGUCACUGUUACGGAUUCAAGUCGUGCCUACACAAGGUCUGCUACAAGGAGUUGGCAACGUUUAGCUACGUCGCCGGCGUUUUGAGGUCGAAAUACGACACGGCCGUACGAAUCAAGAUGAACGCGAGAAAGACCAAGUUGAAGAGCUGGGACGCGAACACACCGAUUACGUCCGGCGAUCUCGUCUACAACGAGGGGACGUGGGAUUUGUGCCAACCGAAUCUACAACACGGGAUACUGGGUGUUCACGGUCGAGAGUGCAGUGUCAAUAAGAGUGAGGAGAACGAUUGUACCCGCUUGUGCUGUCAGAGCGGCUACGAGAAGUAUUUGGCCGACGAGCCGUAUGGGUGCGACUGUCGGCUCGUCUGGUGGCCGCAGUUGCACGUCGAAUGCAACAAAUGCUACAUAAGGGGAAUCACUAAGUACAGAUGCAAGUGAUGGAAGCUCCAGUACAAGUGCAGUACACGUGUACUUGCCAACAGCCAUAGCAAUGUACUACAUACACAGACAAGCUGCCGAAUUGUUUACAACAGACUAUAUGUCUAUAGAUAGUAGCAUGUUGCACUAUUUACAUAUUCACUGUACAGAGAAUAAAAUGUCAAUAGUCAGUAACUUCAACUAUUGCCUCAUUAAACAUUUGUUUUGCA